GAAAAAAGAUUAAUAUUUUCAAAAAAGGAAAAAACGCAAACGAAACGUGGAAGGAGAGAGAAAAAGAAAAGUGAAGUCUGUAAGGAGAUAACACCUGAAGGAAAGAAGAAAGACAACGGAUGACCGGCAAAUUGGUCGAAGAAGCCUCUAAGAAAGGUUUCCAACUGGUUCGUUGCAGUGCAGAAUUCUCAUUUCUCGAAUAAGGAAAAAGGAGAUGGGCCAGCUUUUAAAUCCACUUCAAGGAAUUUUUUUCGUUAUUAAAGCAGUUGCUCAAGAUCCAGCCAAGUUAUAUCGUCAAACUUUGUCUCCAUAUUUCUCCAAAUAUGACAGAUAUCAUACUGUCUUAAUGUCAACCCCAGCACGAAGUUGGGGGGCAGUCUAUUGUAAGAACUUGGUGAACUCGGAGGACCACGCUUCCAGUUGGUGGAAUUUAGAGGCUGUUCCACAUGUACAAACUCUUGGAGAGUUUCCCAGGGAAGAACUUGCCGGAAAAGUUGUAAUGGUCAGGUUUGAUUCAACCUUAUUGCUACUGGAAGAAAUGGACCUAAGGACUAACUCGAUGAAGAAUGCAGUGUUCACCAUUAAAUACUUGCACAAAUAUGGAGCAAAAGUGAUACUUGCUACCAACUGGAAUACAAACUCUGCUGCAAGACAUCUGGAUAUAAAGUCUGUCGUGGAUUACUUGUCCUCUGUUCUUCAACUCAAAGUUUGCCCGGUAAAGUGCAGUUCGUAUAGUAUGAUGUUAACCGAGGAAGGCUUUGAGAAAGCUGAUAUUCUCCUUCUUGAGAAUCUUUCCAUGUUCAAAGAAGAAGUUGCCAAUUGCUCAAAAUUUUCCAAGAUGCUAUCUUUAGGUGUUGAUAUUUUUGUUAAUGACUCCUUCUCCCAAUCUCAUAGAAUUCUUGCGUCCACAGUUGGGAUUACUCGUUUUUGCAGUACCUGCCUAUCUGGCUUUAACUUUCAAGAACGUUUAUGCCAGUUAAAAAAGGCUGCAGAAACCAAGAGGCAACCUUAUGUUGCAAUUAUUGGAGGAGGUAACCUCUUAGACAAAUUGGCUGCCUUGCACGUUUUAGCUUCAACAUGCUCUGCGUUGGUCUUUGUUGGAAUGAUGUCAUUUCAGAUCAUGCAAGCCUUAGGGCUGUCUGUUUCUUACAGAUUGAUGAAUCAUGGUGUAUGUAAGGAAGCUGCAGACCUAAUCCAGUUUUCACUUGAUAAAAGGGUACAAAUUGUAUACCCCAAGGACUUCUGGUGUGUGAAUGUUGACACUUCAAAGAAAAUAGAAAUAUUUGCUUCUCAUGAUAUUCCAGACGGUUGGCUACCAGUCGAUCUUGGUCCUACAUCACUGGACGAAAUAAAUGCCCUGCUUAUGAAUAGCAAGAAAAUUAUAUGGAUUGGACCUGUGAAAUUCAGUGAUUCAAGCCAAAGUGCCCGUGGAGCUUCUAGAUUAGCAAGAAAGCUAUAUGAUCUAGCCCAAAGGGAUUGUGAUAUAACUGUUGUUGGAACCACUGCAUGCAAAGCAAUUAUGCAGGAAUCGAGUACCCUAUCUGCUUAUAAUGUUUUUGAGAAUGCUUCAGUUGUGUGGGAUUUCUUUAAAGGGAAACAACUUCCAGGUGUUUUGGCCUUGGAUAGAGCAUACCCAUACGAGAUUAACUGGGAUGCAGUGUUUUGUGAUACAGCUCUGCCUUUGGUGGUUGACAUUGGAAGUGGUAAUGGGAUGUUUCUUCUGGAAAUGGCUAGGAGGAGGAAGGAUCACAAUUUUCUUGGUUUAGAGAUUAAUGAAAAGCUUGUGAAACGUUGUCUACAUUCUGUUCAUCAAUUGGAGAUGAAGAAUGGGCAUUUUAUUGCGACGAAUGCAACGUCAACGUUUCGUUCUAUUGUGUGUAGUUAUCCAGGGGAGUUGGUGCUUGUCUCUAUACAGUGUCCCAACCCCGAUUUCAAUAAACCGGAGCACAGAUGGAGAAUGUUGCAAAGGUCAUUAGUGGAGGCAGUGGCAGACUUGCUUGCGUCUAAUGGCAAGGUCUUUCUUCAAUCUGAUGUUGAAGCUGUUGCUUUGAGAAUGAGGGAAGCUUUCUUACUAUAUGGAAAAGGGAAACUAGGUGUUUUGCAAGAACAAUUUGGGGAAGAAUGGCUAAGUGAGAACCCAUUUGGAGUCAGAUCGGAUUGGGAACAACACGUAUUAGAUCGUGGGCAUCCUAUGUUUAGGUUAAUGCUCUCAAAUUCAACAACGAAUAAAUCAUUCAACUGACUAGAUAAAUUUGCUUUUGUUAUGGUUAUUCAGCAAUGAAGCUCUAAGAAACCAUGAAAGUACGACCUAACAUGGUCUCCAAGUUCAUAUACUUUCGACCUUGUGUUUUAUCUAAUCGACGGAGGCAGUUAUCAUUAACCAAGUUUAUAGUGUAGAAGCUGAUAUGUCAAAGAAACUAGUGUGAUAAUUCAUGUUGCCUGAUUCCGAAGAGCUUGACUCAAUGUUAGAGGAAAAGCCUUGCCUUUUGUUGCAAAGAAAAGAAAACAAAAGACUCAUUUCUUGUCUGGUUCUCAAUCAAUUAGAUCACCUUUAAUAAUCAA